AUGGUAACAGAUGCAGUACUAGAGCACCUUAACACAAAGGCUGGCUUUCAAGCUAUCAAUCACACCUUCAUAACCCUCAUUCCAAAGAAGAAAUCCCCUGAGAAGGUCACUGAUUAUAGGCCAAUUAGCCUUUGUAAUGUGUACUACAAGAUCAUAGCUAAGGUCAUUGCAAACAAAUUAAAGACCAUCUUGCCAAAGCUAAUAUCAGACACUCAAAGUGCUUUUGUUUCAGGGAGAAUGAUCUCAGACAACACUAUUGUUGCUUAUGAACUCCUACACUCUAUGCAAAACAGAAGGAAGAAUGGUAGAGAAGCUUACAUGGCCCUCAAGCUUGAUAUGAGCAAGGCCUAUGAUAGGCUAGAGUGGUCUUUCAUUCAUCAAGUGUUUCAGCAAAUGGGCUUUGACAGAGAGUGGACUGAUCUGAUCAUGCAGUGUAUAGGAACAGUGACUUACUCAAUCCUAGUCAAUGAAGUGCUUUACUUGGCUCUGAACUUGGCUGAGCAGCAGGGCUCCAUCUCUGGUUUCCCUCUUUCAAGAGGCUCUAUAACAGUUAAUCACUUAUUUUUUGCAGACGAUAGUAUGGUCUUCUAUAGGGCACAUCAGCAGGAAUGGACCAAUCUUCAGCUUAUCCUCAAUUCUUAUGAAGCAAGUUCUGGUCAGAGACUCAACCUAGAUAAGUCCUCAAUUUACUUCAGCAAGAACACAAGCCAAGUAGCCCAAACUUCCAUUCUAAACUUGGCUGGUAUAAAGGCAUCGGGUCCUUUUGAGAAGUACCUAGGACUACCUUCUCUUGUGGGAAAAAACAAGGGCAGAUCUUUUACUCCUAUCUUGGAUAGAAUCAAGGCUCAAAUGAGCAAUUGGAAAACAAAUCUCUUGUCCUCAGCCGGGAAAGAAGUCUUGUUGAAAUCAGUUAUUCAAUCCAUUCCCACAUAUUGCAUGGGAAUCUUCCCAAUUCCCAAAGGAAUCCUGAGAAACAUAAAUAAGCUAAUGCAAUCUUUCUGGUGGGGGAUAAAUAACCAGAAGUCUAAAAUGCACUGGCUUAGUUGGAAAGGAAUUGCCUCCAAGGUUCUUAAAGCCAAAUACUUCCCCUCUAGUGAUUUUCUCUCGGCUAAAGUCAGAGGAAGUGAUUCUUUUGUGUGGAAAAGUAUAACAACAGCUAGGCCACUAUUGGCUGAAGGUCUCCUCUGGAAGAUUGGAAAUGGCAACUCAGUAAGGGUUUGGUCAAACCGCUGGCUGCCUACCCCUACAUCUUUCAAGGUUCAAUCUCCUCUCAGGAUUCUCGGUUCAGGAGCUACUGUGAGCUCUCUAAUAGAUCAGGAUACUCACUCCUGGAACCUGCCUCUCAUACAGAAUGUCUUCCUUCUUGAGGAAGCAGCAAUCAUAUCCAAGCUACACAUCAGUCCUUGCAAUAGCAGGGAUAGGCUUACCUGGAGGUGCACCACAAAUGGCAUGUUCACAAUAAAAUCAGCUUACCACCUACAGGUUUCUAUGAAUGAUAGUAGGAAUAAGCAGGGCUCUCGACCUCCUAACCAAGGGGCCCUAUGGAAACAGUUGUCGAAGCUUAAAGUGCCAAGCAAAAGACCACAGCUCAUGUUCUAUGGUCAUGCAAAGCAGCCUAGGAUGUUUGGAGCUGUGGCUCGAGAAGACUCCAAAAGUGUCUCCACGAUUGUCUCCACGAGAAAGAGUGAAUUGGAAGAGCUCAACAGUCAACCAAAGGAGCAACCUCUCCCAACUCGGACACCAGUUAAGUGGUGCAAGCCUCCUACAGAUUUCUACAAAAUAAACUGGGAUGCAGCGAUUGACAGGGUGAACUGCAUGGUGGGAAUUGGAGUGGCAGUCAGAGAUUGGGAUGGUCUUGUCACAACCACCCUUAGAAGUCCUAAAAACUCCUUCCCUGAUCCUCUUCUGGGAGAAGCUUUGGCUGCCUUGCGAGUUGUGCAGUUGGGUCUCGAAAUUGGUCUCCACAAUGUCAUCUUUGAAGGGGACUCUAAGCUGGUGGUCAGUGGGAUUAACAAUGGUGCUGAGGACUGGAGUACUGCGGGCUUGAUCUUUCUUGACAUAAAGAAACUUUUGUUUUCCUAUCAUACUUGGUCUUUUAGGCAUGUACCUAGGCAGGUCAAUGUAGUGGCACACAUCCUAGCUAAAAGUUCUUUGGAACUUAGUUUGGAGUCUGUUCUUGUAGAGGAUUAUCCUCAAUGCGUCUGUAACCUUCUAUGCUUAUAG